UCUCUCUGCAAUUCUCUCUCUCUCUCUCUCUCUCUCUCUCUUCUCUCCUCUGUUUGAGCUCAGCUAUUUCUGGUCCUUACUUAGAUCUAUCAAUAACUUUUUUUUUCCUUUCCUUUCUCUGUCCAAUAUUGUACCUUUCUGUUUGGUGCAUUUGAGUGGUAAACCAUGAGUAAAGAAGAGUUUUUGAAGAUCCAGAAAUGUGUCCUCAAAGUGAAUAUACACUGUGAUGGGUGUAAACAAAAAGUCAAGAAAAUCCUCCAAAAAAUUGAUGGCGUUUUCACCACCGACAUAGACGCCGAGCAGGGAAAAGUGACCGUUUCCGGCAAUGUUGACCCCGCUGUUCUCAUCAGGAAGUUGGGCAAAUCCGGCAAACAUGCGGAGCUCUGGGGUGUCCCAAAAUCCAACAACAACAACAACAACCUUGUGAAUCAGUUCAAGAACAUGCAAAUUAACGACAAUGGCAAAGGUGGAAUCAACAACAACAACAAGGGUCAAAAGGGUGGCAAUAACAACAGCCAAGGAAAAGGCGGAGGGCAACAAAACGGAGGCGGAAACCCGCAGCAGCAGCAGCAGCAACAGCAGCAGCAGCUGAUUCAGCAGCAGCAGAUUCAGCAGCAGCUGCAGCAGAUUCAGCAGCUUCAGCAGCUGCAGAACAUGAAAGGGCUUCAAGAUCUGAAGCUCCCGCAGUUGAAGGGCAUGCAGCAGAUGAUGCCGAAUGCGAACAAGAACAUGAACGGCGGCCACCCCAACAACCAGAAAGCGGUCAAGUUUAGCGUCCCCGAGGACGACGAAAUGAGCGAUGACGAUUACUAUGACGAUGACGACGACUACGACGACGAUGAGUUUGACGAUGACAUGGAUGAUAUCCACCCCCCAAUCAACAAGAUGAAGCCUGCUGUCAUGGGUGGGGGUGGGCCCGGGGGGCCUAACAUGAUGAUCAUGAACGGCUUGAUGAACGCGCAGAUGAUGAACGGUCAAAAGGGCGGGAAUGUUAAUAGUGGUGGUGGUGGUGGUAAUAAUGGGAAGAAAGGUGGUGGAGGUGGGGGUGGGGGUGUUCAGGUAAAUAUCCCUAAUAGUGAGGGUAAAAAUGGAAAUGGAGGAAAGAAAGGUGGUGGUGGUAAUGGUGGUGGUAACAAUGGUCAGAAUCAAAAUGGUGGUGGUAAAAAUGGGGGUAAAAAUGGUGGGGGUUUACCAGAUGGGGGUAAAAAUGGUGGUGGUGGGGCCAAGAUUGGGGGUAAUGGUAAUGGUGGGAAUGUGAGUAAUAAUGGUGGUGGUAAAAAAGGUGGAAAUGGAAGUGGUGGGAUGAAUAUGAGUGAAGGUAUUCAAGCUAUGAACAAAGGGUUUCAACAUUUGGGUGGGGGUGGUGGUGGUGGUGGGGGGAUGAUGCCACCAGGAGGGAACAUGGGGGGUGGUGGUGGUGGUGGUGGUGGUGGUCAGAUGGGGAACAUGAACAUGGCAAUGGGCCCAACGGGCCCAACGGGCCAGAUGGGUAAUAUUCCGAUGGGCCAAAUCCCGGCCGUCCAAGGCCUGCCGGCGAACAGCGGUGGCGCCGGCGCCGGGUACUUUCAAGGGGCGGGGCCGGAUGCUAUGCCGGGGAACCCUUACCACCAGCAGCAGUACUUGGCGGCUGUGAUGAACCAGCAGAGGGCCAUGGGGAAUGAGAGAUUUCAGCCCAUGAUGUACGCCCGCCCUCCGCCCGCGGUAAAUUACAUGCCGCCGCAACCGUACCCCUACGCGCCGUACCACCACCACCAUCCGCCGCCGCCGGAGCCACAGUAUGCCCACUUCUUCAGUGAUGAGAACACCUCAAGUUGCAAUGUGAUGUGAGAGAAAAAGUUUGUGGUUCUUCAGUCAAAUAGUUAAGGACUAAAAAAAACAAGUCUGAUGAUGCCAUAUUAUACAUGGAAAUGGGUUUUUCUUUUUCUUUUUUCAUUUUCGUUUUUAGUUUCUCUUUUUUUUUCCUUCUCAAAUUUUACCCUUUUUUAUAAUCCUAAGUUGAAUUAGGAGGUUAAUUAUCCAUAGGUAUUUAUUUAAUGAUAAUAUUAAAGCUCUUAGGGGAAGGAAGAAUGUAAGUGGGUAAGGGGACAAACAAAGCUCUACUGGGCUUUGUGGCUUCUCUUCUUCUCUCUGUUUUUCAUGGAGAUGUUUAUAUGUGUUUAUAUGUCGCAAAACGAAAAUAAGAUGAAAAUGAAGAAAAGAAAUGGGAGUCAAAAAAAAAAAAAAAAAACCCAUCUCUCUCUGCCCAUUUCUUUCCCAAAAAGUCCAAUAUUUUCUCUUUAUAAUCUCUAUUUGUCUAUUUCUUAUUCUAUA